CGUUAUUGUCAAUAUUGUUAAAAGUCACGAUUUUUUUUUAUAAGUAAAAAAACAUGUCUUCGGGCGGAAAAAAACUACCCCAAUAUAUAGCAGCCGUUUGCAUAUGUAUCGGCGCUUGGGGUACAGGUACGGCAAUAUCGUGGACAUCGAAUAUAACGAACGAUCUCAAAGAUGGAAAACUCAACGAUAUAAAAAUGGGAGAUGACGAAAUAGGAUGGGUGGGAUCAUUAAUGACCCUCGGAGCAAUGUGCAUGUGUUUUCCAAUCGGUUGGAUAGCUGAUUUAAUAGGAAGGAAACCCACCGUUUUAUUAACGAUAAUACCUUUCACGAUCGGUUGGUUGAUGAUACUCUUCGGAUCGAACAUCGUAAUGAUCUACAUCGCGAGAUUUCUGAUCGGUUUGGCGGGAGGUGGUUUCUGCGUGAUGGCGCCCAUGUACACCAGCGAAAUAGCCGAAACCGAUAUAAGAGGUACUCUAGGUACAUUCUUUCAAUUAUUUAUCACAAUAGGAAUAUUGUAUUGCGGAGUAUUGGGAUACCUUUUGGCGCUUACCGCGUUCAACGUGGCCUGCUUGGUAAUACCGAUAAUAUUCGGUGUUUUGUUCGUCUUCCAACCGGAAUCGCCGAGAUACGAUUUGAUUAAAGGACGGACGGAUAAAGCGGAAAACGCUUAUAAAAGAUUGAGGGGAAAGGACUACGAUUAUUCGGGCGAAAUGAAGGCUUUGACGGCGGAUAUUGAAACCGAAGCGAAACUACCUGGUUUUUUGGAAUCGAUGAAAACUAAAGCCGCCAAAAAAUCGACGUUGAUCUGUUUCGCGUUGAUGUUCUAUCAACAAUUGAGCGGUAUAAACGCCGUUAUGUUCUAUUCUCAAGAGAUAUUCCGUUCGGCCGGAUCCACCCUCAAAGAUUCCUAUUGCACGAUAUCGAUACAAGUGAUACAAGUCAUAGCGACGUUGGUCGCUUCUUGGGCCGUCGAAAAAUUCGGUAGGAAAAUCCUUCUCAUGAUAUCAGCGUUUUUCAUGGCGUUAUCCACCGGACUUCUCGGUUUAUUUUUCUCUUUGAAAGAUCGCGAAUUAAUCGACGACGUCUCUUCUAUCGGCUUUAUUCCGAUAAUAUCGUUGAACGUAUUCAUUAUAGCUUUUUCGUUAGGUUUCGGUCCGAUACCUUGGUUAGCUUCUUCCGAAAUGUUUUCGCCUGAAAUUAAAUCGAAAUGCAGUUCGGCCGCCGCCACUUUCAACUGGUUCUUAGCUUUCAUCGUCACCAAAUUUUAUUUUAUUUUCGCUUCUAACUUGGGCGCCGACGUCACUUUCUACAUUUUCACUAUCAUAUCCGCGACCGCCGUAGUUUUCGUUUUAAUCGUCGUCCCGGAAACUAAGGGGAAAACCUUCGCCGAAAUCCAAGCAGAAUUAGGAUCCUAAUUUGGUGUAUCGAUGUAUAAAAUAUGUAAUUUUAUUUAAAUUAAACGUAUACGAAACUUGCA